AUGGCACCCAGUGCCCGGGUCGCCGAUGCUAUCGCCCGAACUGAGGCCAGCAAUGCCACCGACAAAACGCCCCUUUACGAGCAGAUCCUUGCCGACAUCCAGGCGCACGCGGCGUCGUCUCCCGCCACCGCCGACGACCUCAACGCCGUCGCCGACUCCCUCUUCGGAAACGCCCUCGGCGUCGUGUCCACGCGCGCCGUCCUCGCCGCCUUCGUCACCACCCUCAACUCCCUCGCCGACGACGCGCUCUCCCUCGCGGCCGGCGGCCAUGCGCUCGUCCUCCUCUCCGCGCAGCCGCCCUCUUCCUUUGCCGACGCCGCCGCCGACCUGGGCGCGCUCGUUGCCGACGCGCACGAAGCCGACGAGGACUUCCUCGCCGCCGCCCGCGCCCUAGCCGCCAUCCCGCUCGACGGCCCCCAGCGAAAGGUCGACGACGCGGAGCGCGCGCGCGUGUGGGUGCGCAUCGUCCGCAACUACCUCGAGGUCGGCGACGCCGCCGCGGCGGAGACGCACCUGAACAAAUUGCGGGCGGUCGCCCAGCCCGGCCUUCUGCGGGCAGACCCGGAGCUCGCGCUGCACUUUGCGCUCUCGCAGGCGCGCGUGCAGGACGCCAAGCGAGACUUCCUGGGCGCCGCGACGCGGUACCACGAGGUCAGCCUGUCGCCGACAGUCGCAGAGGAGGAGCGCCUGCGCACGCUCGGCGCCGCGGCGCGGUGCGCAGUGCUCGCACCCGCAGGGCCCGCACGCAGCCGAGCCCUCGGACGGCUGUACAAGGACGAUCGGGCGCCGCAGCUGCCCGAGUUCAGCAUCCUAGAAAACAUGUUCCUGGACCGGCUGCUGGCGCCGGCCGAGGUGGACGCGUUUGCGCGCUCGCUGCCGCCGCACCAGCUCGCCACCACCGCUGACGGUACCACGGUUCUUGCUCGCGCUGUUAUUGAGCACAACCUCCGCGCUGCCUCGCGCUUGUACGACAACAUCCGCUUCGACGCGCUCGGCACGCUGCUGGGUGGUCUGGAUGCUGACGCGGCCGAGCUCACCACCGCUCGCAUGAUUGAGCAGGGCCGUCUCGUUGGCCGAAUAGACCAGCUUACCGGAUUUGUCUACUUUUCGGGAGACGGAGAGGGCGUCGCUGGAGAGACGGUCAACGUGCGGACGCGUCAGUGGGACGCCAACGUCGAGAGCCUCGCCCAGCAGGUUGAGCAAGUCACCAACGCGCUACAAAAGGAGUUUCCGGAUUUUGUUGCUGCUCAUUUGGCGGUUUAG